AUGGAGAAACUCGGAUGUGGCAUGGAUCUAUUCGAGUUCAUCGAUCAUCAACCCAGUCUCGAUGAACCUCUCAUAAGCCAUAUUUUUAGACAGGUCGUUAGUGCAGUUGCUUAUCUCCAUUCCAAGAACAUUGUGCACCGUGAUGUGAAGGAUGAAAAUGUCAUCAUUGAUCAAAAUUUCUCUUGCAAAUUGAUUGAUUUCGGGUCGGCAGCGUAUUUUGGUCGUGACAUUGUCUUCUCAACAUUUUGCGGUACUAUGGAAUACUGUAGUCCGGAAGUUCUAAGCGGCCACAAGUAUCGGGGUCCGGAACUCGAGAUGUGGUCCCUGGGAAUUCUGCUCUAUACUCUUGUAUUUUUCGAAAAUCCCUUUCGUAGUCCUCAGGAAACUGUGCAUGCAGAGCUCGAGUUUCCAUGGGAAGUUUCAGAAGGUCUCUUCCAAGUGAUUGUUUGGCUCUUGCACCGUGACGUCCAUCUUCGAGCAACCGUCCAGGAUAUCAGCAAUCACUGGUGGACAAAGCAGCCGAUUGAUCUGCGCAAAUACAGGUUUCAGCGAAUGCUCCGAACAUGCGUUCUUAAUGAGUUUCUCGUUCCAGAGCGUGUUCAGUUCGAUCCACCGUCAUACGCGUCAGAACUUGUUAAUCAUUUCAAGAACGCAUCAACAUGUUCUUCUGCAUUAAUGAUUGAUGCCUCACCGGCCAGUGCAAGGAACGAGUCAGGAGUUGCAGCUCACUAA